UCAAAUCGGGGUGUUUUUGUUUUGCUUUCGAUUUUUAUCACACAUUCGACUUUGUUCGUCUUUUCUUUUUAUCGCGGCGUCAUUAUUCGAUAGCAGCUUUGUGGUCUGGCUCAUUUCUCAUCAUUUUCAUUUCUGUGAGUGUGUGGCGGCGUCGGUAGUUGGUUACUCAUAUUAUCGGAACACAUUAUUGCCAAAAUCACUUUCGUCCUACAGUAGAAGGCCACGAUGACUGCGCCACGUCGUUUACGCAAGGAGCUAACAGAUUUACAACAAUGCCAAUUGAAAUCGUUUCGUGAAAUCGCCACCGAUGAUGACAAUCUAUUGCGAUGGACCGGCUUGAUUGUGCCCGAAAAUCCACCCUACAACAAGGGAGCUUUUCGCAUUGAGAUCAACUUUCCGGCCGAAUAUCCAUUUAAGCCACCAAAGAUUAAUUUCAAAACAAAAAUCUAUCAUCCUAAUAUCGAUGAGAAGGGGCAAGUGUGUUUGCCCAUCAUAAGCACGGAAAAUUGGAAACCUGCCACACGAACAGAUCAAGUCAUACAGGCGCUGAUAGCUCUCAUAAACGAUCCGGAACCAGAGCAUCCAUUGCGUUCCGAUUUGGCGGAAGAGUUUCUGAGGGAUCGAAAGAAAUUCAUGAAGAAUGCUGAAGAUUUCACCCGCAAGAACAGCGAAAAAAGGCCAGCUGAUUAGUAAGCGAACGAUGACUGACAGCUAGUAAGAAAAAAAUCUGCAGUGAGAAAAAAAUGAAAACAAAACGAAAAAAAAGACUUCAGAACUAUUGCACCUAAGAAAGAAAGAAAUGUAACAAAAUCAACAACAAUAAGAAUAACAUUGUGAGCAAGAUUUGUCGUCCCCGCUUCGAAUAUAAGUAUGUUCUUUUUGCAUUACCUCUCUUAAACCUUUUGCUGCCUUUAUGCGUUUUUUUAUUUUUCCAAAAAUCAAUAAUAAUUGUAACAAAGAGAACAACAAACACACUAUUGUGAAUUUACAACAACAUGAGAAAUAGUAGAAGUCGCAGUAAAAUGCAACACAACCAACCGAACUAAAAACUAAAAUCAUCUGUCGGACACCCACCACCACCAGCCCCUGCUCAUUGUACUCUAUUGUCAGAGAAAAAAAAAAGAACGCUUUCCUUGCAAUGCCACUCAUCCACCAUUCAUUUACCUAUCCCAUUGUGUUUUUGUUGCUUUUGCUCUUACCAACGGCAAUUAUUCAGUCAUUGAGGAACCCCCCCAACAACACUCACUCACACACACCACAACCUUACCAUUAUUGUAUCAUUAUUAUUUUAAAAUUGUACUAUAUUGUUUUACAAAAUUCUAUUUUCAAACAUUUAACAAAAACAAAAUAAAUUGUAUUAAAAAGAAUACAGAAUUUAAAAAAUAGAAAUGAACAAA